UGUGUUUAUCGCUUCCAACAGUCAUUAAAUAUCCGAAAAAAAUGUCAGCAUGACCUACGCUGUCAUUACCUAUUUUAAAAAUAAAUUUAGAUUUUUUAGAAAUAAUAAGGGCCAUAAGAAACCGGCGAAAAUGAGACCAGACUCGGAUAACAGGGAGCGAAGGGAAAGCCCCCGGGCGCACGCCAACUUCCUCUCGGCGUUCACUUUCUUUUACAGCAUCAAAACCUUCAGGGAGGGCAUUAGUCGGGAACUGACCGAAGAUGACCUCACCAAGCCUUUGGACGAGCACAAAUCCAACAUGCUGGGCGACAAAAUCUCCGCCAUUUGGACCAAGGAAUUCGACAGGGCCUUGGAGCAGAAAAGACAGCCCAACAUGCGAAAAGUAAUCGCAAAGACCUUCUACAAGGAAUUCAUGAUGUACGGAUUGGUUAUGUUCGUUUUAGAAGUCGCCGUCAGGCUGUUUCAGCCGAUAUUCGUGGGUUGUUUCAUCAGAUACUUUAACGAGAACAACAGGCUAAGGACGACCAAAGGAGAGGCGGUUAAACCCCCGCAAUUUUUCUACAGAGUCUUGAAUUUUUGGCAGCCCGACCAAGGCAUUAUCACUAUAGAAGAAGCGUAUUUCUUCGCAGGCGGCAUAGCGUUCUGCAACUUGUUGGUUGUAAUGGUGACCCACCCGUACAUGCUGGGCGUCCUGCACGUAGGAAUGAAAGUCCGAGUGGCCUGCUGCUCGCUGAUCUACCGGAAGGCGUUGCGAUUGAAAUUCACCUCGCUGGGCGGCGAGACGGUGGGAAACGUGGUGAAUCUAAUGUCGAACGACGUGACCAGGUUCGAUUUGGCGCCGAUUUUCGUACAUUACUUGUGGAUAUCGCCCAUACAAAUGUCCUGCAUCAUCUACUUCCUGCACAAGGAGGUCGACGACGCCUCGUUUUACGGGUCGUUUGCGGUCCUGUUCGUCGUUCCCGUACAAAUGCUGCUGGGCUACAGAACGGCCGUGCUGAGACGAUUGGCCGGCGGUCGAACCGACGAAAGAGUGAGGCAAAUGAACGAAAUCAUCCAAUCCAUACAAGUCAUAAAAAUGUACGCUUGGGAGAAACCCUUCGCGGGGAUGAUCAAGAAGUUGAGGCAGAAAGAGCUGAAGGUACUGAAGCAAACCUCCUACAUCCGAGGCCUGAUCAUGUCCUUCAUAAUGUUCACCAGCCGAUCGGCGAUAUUCCUAACAGUCGUAACUUACAUAUUAAUAGGCGAGCACAUAACGGCCGAAAAAGUCUUCCUCAUAAUCUCCUACUACCAAAUCCUCAGGCAAACCAUGACCGUGUACUUCCCCCAGGGGGUGGCCAUGGUGGCCGAGGGCUUCGUCUCCAUCAGCCGCAUCGAGGAGUUCAUGAAGACCGAGGAGACGAACGUGGGCGAUCCCUCGCCGAUCGACCGCUACUGGCAGAUCAAGCCGAAGAAGUACCCGAAGCGGCCGAUGCAGAGCGCCCAGCGCGGCGACGCCUACAUCCAAAUCAUUCACGGCCACUCCAAGUACGGGGACAUCCUGUGCCUGGAGGAUUUGAAUUUGGAGUUCAAGCCCGGCCAGACCGUGGCCGUCGUGGGGCCGGUGGGCGCCGGCAAGAGCUGCCUGCUGCACCUGAUCAUGGGCGAAUUGCCGCUGUUCAGCGGGAAAUUGAACCUGCGCGGAGUGGUCUCCUACGCUUCGCAGGAACCCUGGCUGUUCGUCGGAUCGGUCAGGCAGAACAUAUUAUUUGGAAGGCGCUUCGAUUACCAUCGCUACAGGGAAGUUAUAAAGGUUUGCGCGUUGACCAGGGAUUUUUCCAUUUUACCUUUCGGAGACAGGACGAUCGUGGGCGAACGCGGAGUAUCGCUCAGCGGAGGCCAAAGGGCCCGAGUUAAUUUGGCCAGAUGCGUCUACAAGGAAGCGGAUAUUUACCUCCUGGACGAUCCGCUAUCGGCCGUCGACAUUCAGGUCGGCCAGCAACUAUUCGAAGCCUGCAUAAAACGCUACUUGCACGAAAAAAUAGUGAUCCUAAUCACGCACCAACUGCAAUAUUUAAAACGGGCCGAUUACAUCGUCAUCAUGAACGAAGGGCUCAUCCAAUGCCAAGGGCCCUACAAAGGCUUGAUGGAGAAGGCCGAUCUCUCGUACUUCGCCACCAUUCUAAAGGAAGCCUCCACCGCGUCGCCUAUCGAGGAAAAGGAAGUGGAGAGACUGCUGCAAGGCAUCUCGGUAACGAGCACCGUAUUCAACAGCAUGAUCGACAUCGAGGGCAAGAAGAGACGGCCCUUGAUCGUUCCCGAAAUGAGAACGACCGGCUCGGUGGAUUUCGCCAAUUACAAGGCGUAUUUUCGAGCCGGAGCGAACUUUUGCGGCAUCGUCUGCAUGAUAAUCCUGUUCCUGUUAGCGCAAGUGAUCGCCAGCGGCGGCGACUUCUUUCUGGCUCAAUGGGUCAACGUCGAAGAGCUCCGCUAUUUCAAAGGCUCCGCCGAAUCGAUGGGAAUGUACAACAACCUAUCGCGCGACAAUUUCGUUCUAAUCUACAUGAUAUUAAUGAUAAUGACGAUAGUGGUGGCGAUAUUGAGAUCUUUGGUGUACUACAGCGUAUGCAUGCGCUCCUCCCAACGGUUGCACAACAAGAUGUUCGAGAGCGUGAUACACGCCUGCCUGCUGUUUUUCAACGUCAACAGCUCGGGUCGCAUCUUGAACAGGUUCUCCAAAGAUCUGGGCGCCGUCGACGAGCUGCUGCCCAACGCGUUUUGCGACACCACGCAGCUGCUGCUCAACCUCAUCGGAGCCAUAAUCAUCGUGGCGAUGGUCGAGCCGAUGCUGCUCAUUCCCACUUUCUUGAUGGUCGUCGCCUUCUACUUCUUGAGAAGGGUUUAUUUAGCUACCAGUAGAAACGUCAAGCGCUUGGAGGGUAUAACUAGAAGUCCGGUGUUCGCCCACCUGAACGCUUCUCUACAGGGUUUGACCACUAUCAGAUCGAACGGGGCGGAGAAGAUUCUAGUGGACGAAUUCGACUCGCUGCAGGACAUCCACAGCAGCGCUUGGUUCAUGUUCCUCUACACUUCCAGAGCGUUCGGGUUGUGGUUGGACAUCAUCUGCUCGUGCUACAUCGGCUUGGUUUCGUACAGUUUCGUCGUGUUGGGCGACGAUUACUACGGCAGCGCCGUGGGGCUGGCCAUCACCCAGUGCAUAGGCCUCAGCGGGCUCGUUCAGUGGGGAAUGAGGCAAUCGGCCGAAUUGGAGAACCAAAUGACGUCGGUGGAAAGGGUGUUGGAGUUCACCCGGAUCGAGCACGAGCCGGAUUUGGAGUCCACUCCCGACAGGAAGCCGCCGUCGGUGUGGCCGAAGUACGGCAAAAUCGAAUUCAUCGAUUGCAGCAUGCGGUACAGCUACUUCGAGCCGUACGUGCUGAAGCAUAUGAGCUUGGUGAUCAAGCCCAAGGAGAAGAUAGGCAUCGUGGGACGGACGGGGGCCGGGAAAUCCUCCAUGAUCGGCACCGUGUUCCGAUUGGCGACCUACGAGGGGUUGAUAUUGAUCGAUAAUUUGGAUAUAAGCAUCCUCGGUUUGCACGAUCUGAGGAAAAAGCUGUCGAUUAUACCGCAAGAGCCCGUUCUGUUUUCAGGCACUCUCAGAUACAAUUUGGAUCCGUUCCAUGAAUUCACCGACGAGCAGAUAUUCACUACUUUACUGGACGUGGAAAUCUCGAUGGCGAUGAAGAAGGGAAUCGAGUGCUUGGACGAUAUUAUGAGCGAAGGAGGCACCAACAUAAGCGUGGGAUCAAGGCAAAUGGUUUGUCUGGCUAGAGCCAUAUUAAGGAAUAACAUCAUACUGGUUAUGGACGAAGCUACAGCCAAUGUUGACGCCCAAACCGAUAGAUUCAUUCAAACGACGAUCAGAACCAAAUUCGCGCAUUGCACCGUGCUCACUAUAGCCCACAGAUUGAACACAGUCAUGGACUACGAUAAGAUACUGGUGCUCGAUGCCGGGCAGCUGAUCGAGUUCGAUCAUCCGCACGUUUUGCUGCAGAAUCCGAACGGGAUUCUCACGGACAUGGUCAGAAAAACGGGACCCGGCGUGUCCGAUCGCUUGAGGGACAUCGCGAAGGAGAAUUUCAUGCGGCAGCUCAUGGUCGAGAAGAAAGUAAUCAUAUCGAAUAUCGUACAACAAAUAAUGGACAACGUAGAAGCCGAAGAGGUGAGGCGCAACUUGAAUUAUAUGAAAAAUAUGUAAGAAUUUAUAGCCCGAUCCGGAGUUUAUACGAGUUUUUACAAUUAGAAAUGUACAUGGUUUUUUACGAGUGUGGAUAUUAAAGUAUUUUAUCU